CAAUCAGCCAGCCCUCGCAUCCUGACCUGCUGACGGCCGACGCCCACAAAGCAUUGAAGAGAAGAAGAGAAGGGACGCCGCCGCGCGAGUUCACGUGGACGAUGGAGAGCGCCGCUCCCGUUAUCGCCAGGCCGUCGCUGCCCAAGAAGCCCUCGCCGUCGUUCCGCCUCCGGAACGGCAGCCUCAACGUUCUGCGCCUGCGCCGCGUGUUCGACCUCUUCGACCGCAAUGGCGACGGCGAGAUCACCCUCGACGAGAUGGCCGCGGCGCUCGACGCGCUCGGCCUCGGCGCCGACCGCCCCGGCCUGCAGGCCGCGGUGGGCGCGUACAUCCCGGCCGGCGCCGCGGGGCUCCGCUUCGACGACUUCCAGUCCCUCCACCGCGCGCUCGGGGACGCGCUGUUCGGCCCCAUCCCGGAGACGGUGCCUGAGGAGGACGUCGAGGGGGACAUGGAGGAGGCGUUCCGCGUGUUCGACGAGGACGGUGACGGCUUCAUCUCGGCCGCCGAGCUGCAGGCCGUGCUCAGGAAGCUCGGCCUGUCCGAGGCUCGGAACCUGGCCACUGUGCAGGAGAUGAUCUGCAGCGUCGACAGCAACUGCGACGGCCGCGUUGACUUCCGCGAAUUCAAGAACAUGAUGAUGCAGGGGGUCACCGUAUGGGGCGCUUAGCUGCAGCGCACCUGCCUUGUCGUUCCCUCAGCUCAGCUGCCUUUGUGUGUACUUAAGGGUGUUAAUGAACUCUGAAUUUUACGCUAUAAAAUUUAAUGGUCGG